AAUAGAUAUUUGAUAAUAGAGCAAAUCUGGAAAACAAGGAUUUUGGAGUUCUGUGACAGAGGGUAAUCUCCUAGAGGAAGCCAGUGGGGUUUAGUGUAUUAUUUUGCAGUGAAAGGACCAAGUUGAGGCCUUUGGGUUUUCGUAGUGCUGAGAUUUAAACUAUGAGUGGUUGUGGGAGUGAGAGCGGGAAAAUUGAAACAAGUGAAGGCGAUGCCAAUGACUCCGUGACUUUCGGAGAUAUGAUAUUUAUCAAGCUUCGUGGUAACUCAUGGUGGCCUGCGCAGGUAGUUGAUGAAAAUAGUGUUAACAAGAGUGUUAAGCCAAGCAAACGGAGCAAGCGAUCGCCUGGGGACAUCCUUGUUAGGCAUUAUGGAAGUUAUAUAUACUCAUACGUAGAUCCUAUUAAAUGCCGUGCUGAGUUUAAGAAGAUAAUUGAGAAUAACGAUGGUUCUCUCAGGAAAAUACUUUUGCAAACUCUUGAGCAGGACCUUCCUAGUACGAAAUCCAGUAGGUCAAAGGGGUCUUCAAUAAAGCCUAAAGGUUCAUCGAGCAAAGAUUCUGCUGGCAAGAAAAAAUCCAAUGGACAAGAUAAGGAGCAGAACAAAAUUAAGCACAAAAGGCAAAAAGAUAUGUCAAACGAUGAUAACGCUGGCCAAAGUCAUGAAACAAGCUCCUUAGGAAAGUCCCCAGAGUUGAGUUCCAGGAGAAUUAGAGUGAUGGAAAACCUUGGUCUUAUUGCUCCAGCUGGGUCACCAUUCCAAAAAGGUGCUCUUAAAGAUAACCAAGCCUCGUGAAUAUGGAUAUGAAGGAGUUGGUGUAGAGAACAACCUGCGAAAACAUCCUCUUCUAACAUCACAUGUUCGUUUAAUUAGUUUAGGAUAAUCUUAGUCGAAAGCAGGACAUUAUCAUGCAUGCAAACUAUAUUGGCAAUAGUUGUGUUAGGUGAAAGAAUGUAGGAAAUGGUUCUUGCAUCUUACUUUUAAUUCUCUUUUUUCAACUAUGGAGAACUCUGUGUGUUUAUUUUAACCAUUGUAAUUUUUGUAAUUUUAGAAA